UCACUACAUCUCACACAACUCAGGAUUAUUACAUCUUCACAUCUUCAGUUUAAUUAAUUAUCCUUAGCUAUUUUUCAUUAAGUUAAUUAAUCAUGGGUGUUUUCACUUUCGAAUCGGAGUACUCCUCCACAAUCCCACCGGCAAAACUCUUCAACGCCUAUGUUAUUGAGGCUAACAAGCUCUUCCCCAAAGUUGUUCCUCACGCCAUUAAGAGUGUUGAAUUCCUUGAAGGUGAUGGUGGUGCUGGAUCCAUCUUGAAGCUCCACUUUGGUGAAGCUUCUCCUGAGUUCAGAUAUGCGACCCACAAGAUUGAAUUGGUAGACAAAGACAAUUUGCUGUUCAAUUACAGCGUGAUCGAAGGCGAUAUCUUGAGGGAUGUUGUUGAGAAGAUCAACUUCGAGACCAAGGUUGUGUCGUCUGGAGAUGGAGGGUCUAUCUGGAAGAGCAAAGCCACUUACUACACAAAAGGUGAUUUUGUGCUUGAGGAAGAGAAGCUUAAGGCAGCAGAUAACAAGGCCAAGGAACUGUUCAAGGCUGUUCAAGAAUAUGUCUUGGCCCACCUCGAUGAGUUUUAAUUUAUAUAUAUAUAUUUGAGGUUUCUUGUGUGAUUUUUCUGCUUAAGAGUGUGGUUUGAUAAUAAAAUUCAUCUCCCUCUGGUUGUUGUGAUUGUGGGUUCACAGAGGAUUUAAAAGAGAUGGAUUGAAGAGUGAAAAAGGUUGUAUCGUAUUGUUUACACUAUAUGUAAUAAAAUUAUCCAAUAAACAUAUUGUCAAUGAUCAUGAUGCAUUUCUUUUU